GAUCAUGUCCGAAUCAGAAUUUAGAAUAUCGCUCACAGGAUCUUUCCAGUGAAGAGAAAACGAACUUUACACUACAGACAAUAUCCCAUUUCCAAAUUCUGAUAAUCUCAGCCUGUCCACCGAAUCUAUGUCGCCCGGUAGUCUGGCUUUUCGGCUGUCCCGCAGUGUUCUGAGCACCAUUUCACCGCCAAUUCCGCAAGCCAGAAAAUGGGCAACAAUGUAUGUCCCAAAGGCUGGGAGACCUCUUCUAGACAUGUCGCAAGGUGUCCCAGGCGUACCGCCUCCAAAAAUCCUUCUAGACGCACUUUCAAAGGCGUCUUUGUCUCCAGAUGCUUGUGGUUAUUGCCCUCCAACCGGAGAGCCGUCUCUCAGGCAUGCAAUGGCGCAGGAAAUGAAGACGGUCUAUGGACAGGCUGCAGAUAUCACAUCCGAUGACAUUGCCAUUACUUCGGGUUGUAACAUGGCUUUUAUCGCCACUGUCAUGUGCUUGGCUGAUGCUGGAGACGAAAUAAUCCUUCCUGUCCCUUGGUACUUCAACCACCAAAUGAGUCUGAACCUAUUGGGAAUCAAGGCAGUGCCCUUGCUAACUUGUACGGAAGAAGGAUUCACGCCUUCUCCUCAUACGUGCGCCAGUCUUAUAUCAUCCAAAACCAGAGCCAUUGCUCUUGUGACGCCUAAUAAUCCAACAGGAGCCAUUUAUUCACCUGCACUGAUCGCGUCCUUCGCCGACCUUGCUAAGCAGCACAACCUAGCUCUCAUCGUUGAUGAAACCUAUCGCGAUUUCAUCAAUCCCGGCCCACCCCAUUCUUUGUUCUCGCCCUUACCGCCCAAACCAUACCAUGGUGCACACCUAACAAAAUCCUGGCGCGAAACUUUCGUUCACCUUUUCUCCUUCUCUAAAUCAUACUGCAUACCCGGCCAUCGCCUUGGCCUGAUCGCUGCAUCGCCCACACUCCUGAGACACAUCACCACCACCCUCGAUUGCCUCCAAAUUUGUCCUCCACGACCCCCUCAGCUUGCGUUUGCAUCCCCUUCUUUGUUACCUUCUCUGAGACCAUCGAUCCUUGCCAAUGCGACAGCUCUAGUGGAGCGGCACAGACUAUUCCGAGAGCUCCUCCCCGAGAAGUGGAUCAUUGGCGCUCAAGGCGGGUACUUUGCCUUCGUCAAACAUCCUUUCAUGGGCGUUAGCGCUUAUGACGUGUGCGCUCGUCUUGCAACCGAGGUCGGGGUGUUAACCCUACCGAUGCAAUUCUUCUGCGAUGAAGACAUGGAGGUGGGAGGUGAAGGAGGGGAGGUGAAGGGAGAUUGGGAGAGGUGGAUAAGGUUUUCUGUCGCGAAUGUGGAUGAUGAGAAGGUGCGGAGGGUGUGUGAGAGAUUGAAAGAGUGCGAGGAGACAAAAAGGCGCAACUUGAAGUCAUUCACCCGAGACUCUCCCGACACUCUGUUUCCAAGAGUAAACUGGCUUAUAGAGUUGGGUCAACCGUUUGCUCAAAAGGGUCAUUAGUGACUCGGAAGUACAUUGGGAAGUACAUAUUAACAUGUUCAGAUUACAUUCUUUGGGUUGUGUUGGCCAAUCCAGCUUGACACCGGAAUCGAUGAUCCUAAA